AAGCGUGGCCCCCUACCCCGCGCCAGCGCCCGCCAGGCCGCCGGCCCCCAUGGAGCUGCUGGCAGCAGCUUUCAGCGCAGCUUGCGCGGUGGACCACGACAGCUCCACCUCGGAGAGCGACGCGCGCGACUCGGCUGCGGGACACCUGCCCGGCAGCGAGUCGUCCUCCACCCCGGGAAAUGGGACCACGCCCGAGGAGUGCCCGGCGCUGGCCGACAGCCCCACCACGCUCACAGAGGCCCUGCAAAGGAUCCACCCCAUUCCCGCCGACUCCUGGAGGAACCUCAUCGAACAAAUAGGGCUCCUGUAUCAGGAAUACCGAGAUAAAUCAACUCUCCAGGAAAUUGAGACCAGGAGGCAACAGGAUGCAGAGAUACGAGCUAAUACCCCCGGCUCCCCGGCCAGCGAGGAGAUGGAUGGUGAGGAGGAGGAAGAGGAGGAGGAGGAGCUGGCCAGCCCGCCGGAGAGGAAGGCUCUGCCGCAGAUCUGCCUGCUCAGCAACCCCCACUCGAGGUUCAACCUCUGGCAGGAUCUCCCUGAGAUUCGGAGCAGCGGGGUGCUGGACAUCCUCCAGCCCGAGGAGAUCAAACUGCAGGAGGCCAUGUUCGAGCUGGUCACUUCCGAGGCCUCCUACUACAAAAGCCUGAGCCUGCUCGUGUCCCACUUCAUGGAGAACGAGCGGCUGAAGAAGAUCCUGCACCCGUCCGAGUCGCACAUCCUCUUCUCCAACGUCCUGGACGUCAUGGCCGUCAGUGAGCGGUUCCUCCUGGAGCUGGAGCGACGGAUGGAGGAGAACGUCGUCAUCUCAGACGUGUGCGACAUCGUGCACCAUUAUGCAGCCAACGACUUCUCGGUCUACAUCACCUACGUCAGCAACCAGACGUACCAGGAGAGGACCUACAAGCAGCUGCUCCAGGAGAAGGCCGCCUUUCGGGAGCUGAUCACACAGCUGGAGCUGGACCCCAAGUGCAGGGGGCUGCCCCUCUCCUCCUUCCUCAUCCUGCCUUUCCAGAGAAUCACGCGCCUCAAGCUGCUGGUCCAGAACAUCCUGAAGAGAGUGGAGGAAAGGUCUGAGCGUGAGUGCACCGCCUCGGAUGCCCACAGAGAACUGGAGCUGGUGGUAAAAGCAUGCAACGAGGGGGUCAGGAAAAUGAGCCGCACGGAGCAGAUGAUCAGCAUUCAGAAGAAAAUGGAGUUUAAGAUCAAGUCGGUGCCCAUCAUCUCCCACUCCCGUUGGCUGCUGAAGCAGGGCGAGCUGCAGCAGAUGUCGGGCCCCAAGACGUCCCGAACGCUGCGCACCAAGAAGCUCUUCCAGGAAAUUUAUCUCUUCCUCUUCAACGACCUGCUGGUGAUCUGCCGGCAGAUCCCUGGAGACAAGUACCAGGUGUUUGACUCAGCCCCGAGGGGCCUGCUCCGUGUGGAGGAGCUGGAGGACCAGGGCCAGACGCUGGCCAACGUGUUCAUCCUGCGGCUGCUGGAGAACUCCGAUGACCGGGAGGCCACCUACAUGCUGAAGGCGUCCUCUCAGAGUGAGAUGAAGCGCUGGAUGACCUCGCUGGCCCCCAACCGGAGAACCAAGUUUGUUUCCUUCACAUCUCGGCUGUUGGACUGCCCCCAGGUCCAGUGCGUGCAUCCAUACGUGGCCCAGCAGCCGGACGAGCUGACGCUGGAGCUGGCGGACAUCCUAAACAUCCUGGACAAGACAGAGGACGGGUGGAUCUUUGGUGAGCGGCUGCACGAUCAGGAGAGAGGCUGGUUCCCCAGCAACACAACCGAGGAGAUCCUGAAUCCCAAGAUCCGGUCCCAGAACCUCAAGGAGUGUUUCCGUGUCCACAAGAUGGAUGACCCUCAGCGCAGCCAGAAUAAGGACCGCAGGAAGCUGGGCAGCCGAAACCGGCAAUGACCCCCAGUAUCCAGCCCCGCAGAGGGAUGUGGGCGGGGCCUGCAGGCAAACCCACAGACGGUGGAGGGGCUCGGGGGGAAGGUGACCGUGUACAGGAGUCACCCCCUCCUCCCUGCCACCUGGUGAGUGCUCGUGUGUCUUGGCCCUUCGCUUGCAAACUGGAAAACGGCUGCCCACAUCUUUCCUCGGAUGCGUUUGUAAAUGAGAAAAUAUUUGAAGCAGUAUUACACCACCUCUCCCUCUUGUCUCUUAGAGGGGACGGAAGGGGAUUGGCAUGCUCCAGGGGCCUUCCCCAGACCCAGGAUGCCCCUGGCCGAGGGCAGGUGCAAAGGUGAAGAUUGUCAUGACCCCCUGCACGUGCCCUUCUCUGCCCUGGAAGCCGUUAGACUCCUCCAGGUGUGCAGAUGGACUGCCCCUGCCCAGUGGGCUCGAUGAGUGGCCCUUGGUCUCCAGUUCUCAAGACUGAGAGACCAGCUGCCUCUGUCCACCUCCGCCGCCUCUGGCUGCACGGCCAGGCCCUGCCUCAUGGCAGGCCUACCAGAGCUUGGCCGAGGGCCCAUCCGCUCUGGCUCCCUGAUGGGCUGGAUGUAACUUGUGUCUUCUAGCUCUUUAAGGAGCCCAGGUGUUGUAAGGAAUGAAUUGGUCACUGCAUCUUGUAUUGGUUAUGGUUCCAAGAAAAGCAAGUUAUCAUUUUUGGCUGCAUUAAAAGAAGCAU